UAGUAACACUAAUUCGAGGGUCAAAUUUUUUCAAGAUUUCCUUUGCAUGUUACUACAUUUCCUCAAUCAUUCUUUGUCGAAUUAUAAAUCAGACCUCUCAAAAAAUCAUAUGGUUUUGUUUGAUGAAAAAGUUUAGCAAGAUUGUCGUAUUUUACUUGAAAAUAUUUAUAUUCUUAUCAUUUGUUUAUUGCAAUGGACUCAGUGAUGACCAUAUUCCUGUGCCGUUUAUACAAGAAAACUCGGAUUUAUUAGUCCCGGAAGGUGAACAAGUUUUAUUACCUUGCAAAACGAACGUUUUUUCUGAAGCACUGAUAUCAUGGUAUAAAGAUGACGUAAUAGUUGCUGAAAAUUUGACCUAUUCAUUUCGACUUAGGUCUACUAAUCGUGCAGAUGCUGGAUAUUACCACUGUGUAGUGAAGACUAGUUAUGGUGGGAUUCGCAGCAGAAAAAUUAAAUUAGAUGUUGGUUAUCUUGAUCCACCCUCGGAAAUCAAGUCAAGAUCGUUCAUUGAAGUAACCUUAGGACAAGCUGUGAUAAUUUGGCCUGGUUCUGUUCAACAUGAACAAAGAAAACAGCUAUCCUACUCAGAUAGAAGAAACGAACCUUGGAAGUCAGUAAUUAAUACACUAAAUGAAACACAAAAGUUCCUACCUAGUUCAUAUUAUCUCCAAGCGGUACCGUUUCCACAGGCCAUAUGGACUAUAAACAAUGCCCCAUUACCAAAUACACUGAAUAUUUUUGUCAGUCAAUUAGAGCAAGCAAUAGCCUUGCUUAAUAUUGAUAAAGAUAUGAAUUUGAAAGUGAUCAGAGCUCGACUGAUAAAUGGUUACGGUAAUUCAACAGAAGGCGUAUUCAGUCAGACACACAUCAUUCAAGUUAAAGACCCACCAAUAAACACGGCUGUUCAUUCACUGGAUCUUGUCCUACCACCAAAAGACGCAUCACUUAUUUUAAAGGAUGAACAACCAGGAACAGCUAUCUUUGAGUGUGUGUUUAACGCAAGUGACCAAGACAAAGAACUUACAUUGAUAACCACGGCUAAAAAGAGACAGUUAAAAGCACUUUGAUACUCUUAUCAAGACAUACAUUAAAAUAUAAGUCACUUUUAC